UCUAAACCGAAAAUCUCUAACUGCCGAGUCUCCAUCUCGCCGGCCGAUCAUCCAACCACCGUCAAUGGAUGUCCGUCGUCGAAGAUCUCCGGCCAAACUUCCCUCUCAAAACAAUGACGUAGCCUCCUCCAAUGUCGAAGUCACUUCUCGAAAAGCCUCCGACGCGCUUCCUCUCCCGUUAUACCUAACCAACACCGUUUUCCUCGCGCUCUUCUUCGCCACCGUCUAUUUCCUUCUCAGCCGAUGGCGCGAGAAGAUCCGUAACUCCACGCCUCUCCACGUCGUUGACCUAUCGGAGAUCUCCGCACUCUUUGGCUUCGUCGCGUCGUGCAUUUACCUCCUCGGAUUCUUCGGCGUCGAUUUCGUUCAAUCCGUCUUCUUCCGUUCUUCUUCCGAAGAUGAUGUUUACGAGAUCGACGAUCACCUCGUUCUCAACGAAGAUUUGAGGAAGAAGAUCCCGAUCCCGCCGUGCGGCCAAUCCCUAGAUUGUUCUUCUCUCCCGAUGAAACCUAAUUCCAUCGAUCCUCCUCGCGAAUCGGAUCUGUCUUCCGAGGAAGACGAAGAAAUCGUCAAAUCGGUUAUCGAAGGAACUAUCCCGUCUUAUUCACUGGAGACGAAGCUCGGAGACUGCAAGCGAGCCGCGGCGAUUAGACGAGAAGCGGUGCAGAGGAUAACAGGUAAAUCCCUAGCGGGUCUUCCAUUGGAAGGUUUCGAUUACAAUUCGAUUUUGGGGCAAUGCUGCGAAAUGCCGGUGGGGUAUGUUCAGAUUCCGGUGGGAAUCGCCGGACCUCUGUUGCUCGACGGGGUAGAGUAUUCGGUUCCAAUGGCGACGACGGAGGGUUGUUUGGUUGCUAGCACUAAUAGAGGCUGCAAGGCUAUUCACAUGUCCGGUGGUGCUUUCAGUGUUCUCGUCAACGACGCCAUGUCCAGAGCUCCGGUCGUAAGGUUCCCUUCGGCGAGAAGAGCUGCUCUUGCCAUGUUUUAUCUACAAGAUCCUGCAAAUUUCGAGAGAUUGUCCCUCAUUUUCAACAAAUCGAGUAGAUUUGCUAGGCUUCAGAGUAUCACAUGCAGGAUUGCUGGAAAGAAUCUGUAUCCGAGGUUUUCGUGUAGUACCGGUGAUGCUAUGGGGAUGAACAUGGUCUCCAAAGGAGUUCAGAAUGUAUUGGAUUUCAUCAAGACUGAGUUCUCUGACAUGGAUGUUAUUGGCAUCUCCGGGAAUUGCUGUUCGGACAAGAAAGCUGCGGCUAUAAACUGGAUAGAAGGACGUGGAAAGCAUGUUGUUUGUGAAGCAACUAUUAAGGGCGAGAUUGUGAAGAACGUGUUGAAGACAAGCGUAGAGGCUCUUGUAGAGCUUAACGUGCUCAAGAACCUCACUGGUUCAGCUAUGGCUGGUUCUCUUGGUGGUUUCAAUGCUCACGCCAGCAAUAUAGUAAGCGCUGUGUUCAUCGCCACUGGCCAAGACCCUGCUCAAAACGUGGAGAGCUCACACUGUAUCACCAUGAUUGUAGCUGAAGGCGACGACCUUCACAUCUCUGUCUCAAUGCCUUGCAUUGAGGUUGGAACUGUUGGAGGUGGGACACAGCUUGCGUCACAAUCAGCUUGUUUGAAUCUGCUCGGUGUAAAAGGAUCGAGCAACACCGAGGAAGCUGGCUCGAACGCAAGGCAAUUGGCGAGAGUUGUGGCUGGUACGGUUCUUGCGGGAGAGCUUUCGCUAAUGUCUGCAAUUGCAGCUGGACAGCUUGUCAAGAGCCACAUGAAGUACAACAGAUCAAGCAGAGACAUUGGCCCUUCGUCUCAGGUCAACAACAGAUGAUGAUGGAGCACGAGACAGAUAAUAAAACCCAAAAUUAGAUUUGAUGUAAUUUUUUAACCUCAUUCGAUUUCUUCUUCAUCGAUCUUUUUUUCUAUCUGUGUGUACUCCCAAGUUCUCCAAAUUAUCUUUAUUUAUUAUGUAAAGUCAAUUUUGUCCUUCCA